UUGGCAGCAUUCGCCCAAUCUUGGUUCAGUCGACCGUUGAGUUCCAACUUGUCAAGACCACCACUGAUUUCGACCAAUUUUUUUUACUCUGUACAUAGAGGUGAACCGGUGGGUGAGUCAAUAAUCAGCAAUGUUGUCCUCUCUUCUCCUCCUCCCUCGCGGCGCAGUCCUUGCGGUUGGAGUUGCCCUUCUCGUCGCUGUCGUGGUGGAUGGCGGAGUCCGAAGGUCCCCAAGAGCAGCCAAGCCUCAACAUCAUCAACUUCUCAUCACGGAGUACGUAAGCCUUCCCCAGCCGGCCGUCAGUCCUCUUUUGCUGGCUGCCUCACCCAUCGCCACGCCCGUAAUUAUCGGCCAAUUCACUGGCUUGGCUCACAAAGUGUCCUCAGGAACUGUGACUAUCAAGGAUUCGAGAACGAUUUCAAUCAAAAACUUUAACUACGAUGGAGCCGGGCCGGACGCUUACUUUUUGGUUGGAACGGGAGAGCCAAAUGCGCAGGGAAGGAAGAUUCCUAAUGAGAACGGAGGUUAUGAAGUUUUGGAGGGGUAUGAAAAUCAAGAUAUCGAAUUGCUCCUCCCAGCCGACUUGACCUGGAAGGAUGUCGACUACCUGUCCGUCUACUGCAUCUCCUUUCACCAUAAUUUUGGGUACAUCCAAAUCCCAAAGGGAAUCAAUGUCCCAGAAUACCAAUAAUUUAGCUCUAUGUAUAAAAAUAAAAAGUAUGGAGUAAAAUUUAACGAGAACAUGAAAAUUAUAGGAUGAUUGAGACAUAUGCAUGACAAACUAUAAGCUAAAUAUUUUGAGAUUUGUCAGACUGAAUAAAUUUAUUUUGUAACA